AUGGCGGUUGUGGAAGAGGCUGUUCACACCUGCUGUGGUGAUGUGAAAGAUUCUUUUCGUCCUGAGCAUAAGCCAGAGCCGAUUGCCUUUUCAAAUGGUUGGGUCCAAAAGUUCAAAAGACAGAGAGCGCUCAAGAAAUACAUCGGCCAUGGUGAAAGCGGAUCGGCCAACAUGGAUCUCUACAGGACUCAAGUUGGACAGAUCCAAAUGUCGCUCGAGGGCUUUGACCCUGAUAAUAUCUAUAAUUGCGAUGAGACGGGUCUCUUUCUGAAGGCUGUGCUCAACAACUCUUGCUACUGGCCUAAUUCGUGGCAAGGAGACCCACUCGGGUUGCACUGUCUAGGAGUUGAGACAAAGGCAGAUCAAGUCAUUCAUCUUCAAGAAGAGCUCAGGGAACGAUAUGUAGGGAAUGAAGAAACUAUCGCCGAUCAGAAGAGCUUCUCCGUCCUGAACUAUCUCAGCAUGAUCAAUAGGGAAGGGCCUUUACCAGGGAUUGUCGAGGUCGCCCACGAGAUAAUGGGUCGCGAGCAAUACAAGGGAACAUUUCAGCAACUGAAGGAGAAUGGCUUCGUGGAUGAUGACAACUCUGAAGACUCUGAUAACGAUACUUGGGCGACGACGACGAAUCUGACCUGGAUUAAGAAGACCCAAAGCCAGUUGUUAGUGACCAAGAGAUCCAGGUAG